AUGGGGAUUAUCUCACUCAUCACUUCUCAUGGCUCUGCAUUUGAAUCGCUGCAGGUACAUCAGCGUAGUAUAGCGAAAUCCUCUCGCAGCAUUAUCCGAUGCCUGGGUUCACAAGAUGGGGAGAAAGACGAAGUUAUCGUUAGAACAAUUGAUACAGAAGCUAGCACGUUUGACUGGGAUGACAGAAUAGACAUACAGAAGAGAUGGACAAAUAGUGAAAAGGGAUGGAACGUUGGCGUCGAGUGGAAAGAGACACCUUACGGAGCUGGUUUGUUCGCAACCCAAGACAUUGAUGCAGGGACGUUACUGCGGAAAGGGAGAAUCGGCCUCAAUCUCAUCGAGUUCCAGUCUAUUGAAGAGAUCGACAUUUUUUGCAGAGGAAGUGGUGAUUGCAGCAGCUCUGAGAUGGACGCAAAACUAAUGUAUGUGAAGGAUUACCUGUGGGGCUUCAAUCCCAAUGCUGAUGAAAGAGGCUACGAUAUUUUGGAUAGCGGGGCAAACAAGCUGAGCCUGGAGCACGAAGAGGCGAGAUUUUUUGGUAUGUGGGUGCCAGGGAACGGAUUGAAUCACAGCCCAAACCCAAACACUGUAUAUCGAGCGGCAGUUCCAGGUGGCACAGAGGUUGGGAUCGAUCUUUUUGCAUUGAUAGACAUCAGUAAAGAUGAUGAGCUACUGGAUGAUUAUCGUCGACAUGGUACUGCGCCGACUUGGUUACUCAGUUUCGCUAGAGAACGGGGUGUUACUCUGAAUUUUGCUGAAUGUAACGAUUUUGUUGUUUGCAGUGAUGAAGGAAAGGGCCCAUGA